AUGGGGAAAGUAGAGGGGGAGCAGCAAUUGCCAAUUACAAGCCUUGAUGCUCAGGGUUCAACUCCAAAUUCAGGGAACAGAAAUAGGAAGUGUUUGGAUUGUAGUAGGCUUAAAAAGGUGGUGACUUUUAGAUGUGUUUUUGUUUUGGUACUCGGUUUUGCUGUUCUUUUAUCUGCUUUUUUUUGGUUGCCAUUUUUUCACAUUGGAGAUAGAAAAGACCUGGAUCUGGAUUAUCAAGGUCAUAACAUAGUGGCAAGUUUUAUGCUUAAGCAGCCCACUUCUUUUCUUAAAGACUAUAUCUCGAAACUUCGGGACGAUAUUUUUGAUGAAAUAAGCUUCUCCACAACUAACGUGGAAAUAUUAUCUUUACAAUCGUUAGAUGGAUCAAACAUAACAAAGGUUGUGUUUGCCGUUGAUUCUGAUGUGACCACCCAAAGUUUAAUCAGAGCCUCCUUUGUAUCUUUAGUUACACGCCAAUCAUUUUUUCAUUUGAGUACUACUUUUUUUGGGGAUCCAUUUUCUUUCGAGGUGCUGAAAUUCAAAGGAGGAAUUACUGCCAGUCCUGAACAAAAGGCAUUUCUUAUGCAGAGAGUUCUGAUCCUUUUCAACUUUACCUUGAACUUCUCCAUUGAUCAAAUACUAUAUAAAUUCGAUGAACUUACGAGCCAACUGAAAUCGGGCUUACAUCUUGCUCCUUAUGAGAACUUGUACAUUACCCUGACAAAUCAUGAAGGUUCAACAGUGGAUGCACCCACAAUAGUUGAGUCGAGAGUUCUCUUGGCAGUGGGUAUUAAUCCUUCAAAGUCAAGGUUGAAGCAGUUGGCUCAGACCAUCACUGGUUCCCGUACUGAAAACCUUGGCCUAAAUAACACUGUAUUUGGUCGGGUUAAGCAAGUUCGUCUUUCAUCCAUCAAUUUUGGCAGUGAUGGAAGUGGUACCUCGCCCUCGCCGUCGCCAUCUCCAUCUCCAUCUCCUGCUCCUUCGUCAGAAUCUCCGCCUCACCACCACCGCCCCCACCACCAUCACCACAUUCAAAACCACCAUGAUGCCAGCCUUGCUCCUGGUAUUUCACCUGCACCGGCGAUGGGAAAAAGUGGAUUUAUAACGGGUAAAGUCUCCCCAGCAUCUACACCAGCACCUACACCAGUGCCAAUGAAGAGUCGAGUAGCAGAGCCUCCCAAUUGUCAUAAUGGUUACAAAAAUAGAUUCCCAUCAAAGCCCAAUAAGGAUUCUCAUGCAUCGCCGACUGCACCACCGCUUUAUGUGCCUCGGGCAGCUCCUUCACAACCCGAGCACAUGUAUUCUCCGACUCCUAAAAUACCUCCAGUAGCAAGUCCAUUACCAAAUGUCGCUUAUUCUCAUACUCAGCCCCCAUCAAAGGGUGAAUUCCAAGCAGGGCCUCCGGAUGUAAUGCCAUUUGUUUCAUCCUCACCAUCUUCAUCUUCUGUAUGUGUUUUUUCCUCCAAUUUGUCGAAGCUCUUGCUGUUUCUACUACUCGAGUUUUUCGGUAACGGAAUAAUUCGCUCUCGCGCUCUCCCGUUGCCAUUCCGUCUCCCUGAAUGCCUCACCAGUAUUCAGGUUUUUUGUGGCGAUUUUAAGCGGAGGAGCGAGGGACUAAUAGGAUGGUGGUCGGAGAUUAGCACCAUGGUUUUUAUUGUUGAUAUUUGCAGCCUUUUUUAG